CUGUUCUCGUCUUUCCUCACCAGCAUUCCUCAAAUUCCAUCAGCUCAAAGCAACUCACCUCUUACAACCUAGCUCUCACUCUCCACCGACAUCACAAACAGUCACAAUGGUCCAGCUCAUCACCUUCGGCCUCCUCCUCCUUGGCGCCCUCGCCUCCACCACCCAGGCAUGCACCUACUGCCAAUGCGAAUUCGCCAACAGCGAGCACUGCUGCGUGUACUCGGACGCGAGCGCCGGGGAGUUGGACUGCGCGGCCAUCUGCGCCAACGCUCAUCGCGCGGAUGGGGUCAGCAACGCGGAUGGCACGGCUGGCACGGCCUGCAAUGCUGGGGGCAAGUACGAGUGUAUCAGUGCGUUCACGGCGCUGGAUCGGACGCCUUGUUAUACCGAAUAAAGCCUUGGCUUUAAGGGGUUGUGGGAGGUGGUCUUCAAUUGGGUUGUGAUGUCGUCUUGGGGGUCGGUAUAAUACAAGCGGGAGCAUCAAUCCGAACUUAGACUCAUUUUUGUUCGUGGUAAGCAGGUAUCGGGAGCGUCAUUGUGCGCUCGGUGAACGCUGCUUUGAGAAUAAAAUGGGUUAUAAUCCAGCCUAUUCUGUGGAGCGGCCUCAGAAGCAGAGAAUCGAUUAUUCUUCGUGAUCAGGACAGCUCAUGGGCCUUAAAAUCCCUCAGAUUGGGUAGAUAGCCGUCCAGUGGAUUAAGUACACCAAAGCGUAUCUAGACUGGCGCUUAAAGAAAAUUGCAUAUGGAGGUGGUGGG